AGGGCACAUCCCUUCUUUUUCUGGUUUUGGUCUUUUCAUCAUAGGAUGGCAUUAGCUCUGUGUCUGCAGGUGCUGUGCAGCCUAUGGGGCUGGCUCUCGCUCUACAUUUCUUUCUGCCGCCUGAACAAGCACCGAAGCUAUGAGUGGAGUUGCCGCCUGGUUACGUUCACCCAUGGGGUCCUCUCCAUAGGCCUCUCGGCUUAUAUUGGCUUCAUUGACGGCCCUUGGCCUUUUACCCACCCAGGCUCGCCCAAUACACCUCUUCAGGUACACGUUCUGUGUCUCACCCUGGGCUACUUCAUCUUUGACCUGGGCUGGUGCAUCUACUUCCGGUCGGAGGGUGCCCUGAUGCUGGCUCACCACACACUGAGUAUUCUGGGCAUCAUCAUGGCCCUGGGCCUUGGAGAGUCAGGCACCGAGGUAAAUGCAGUCCUCUUUGGAAGCGAGAUUACCAACCCUUUGCUUCAGCUCCGCUGGUUUCUCCGUGAGACCGGACGAUACCACACUUUCACGGGAGACGUGGUGGACUUCCUCUUUGUGGCUCUGUUCACUGGAGUGCGGAUUGGCGUAGGAGCUCGCCUCCUAUUCUGCGAAAUGGUCUCACCCAAACCCAAGUGGUUUGUGAAAGUCGGAGGGGUAGCUAUGUAUGCUGUUUCUUGGUGUUUCAUGUUUAGCAUCUGGCGCUUCGCAUGGAGAAAAAGCAUCAAGAAGUACCGUGCCUGGAGAAGCAGGAGGAGUGAAGAAAGGCAGUUGAAGCAUAAUGAACUUGUCAAGUCCCACUAG